CUAGCUGACCUGCUGACAGUUUAGACACACCGACGGACACAAGCAGGGCGAGCAGCGGGGUAGUCGGCGCACAAAGCGCACGGGACUCGCGGGUGGAGGUCGCGAAACCCGUCAAAACUCUUGUCGAAUCCUCCGACCAGCACCAGACCGUCGUCGCCGUCGUCAUGCAGCGAACGUUCGGUGGCCUCUCGGCGGCCGCGAACCGGGCCGGCGUGUACGAUGGGAAGAUCGCCGGACUGUACGAUCUCGAGGAGACGCUCGGGUCGGGCCACUUUGCCGUGGUCAAGCUGGCGCGCCACGUGUUCACCGGUGAGAAGGUGGCCGUGAAGGUGAUCGAGAAGACGAAACUGGACGAGAUCUCGCGGGCUCACCUGUUCCAGGAAGUGCGCUGCAUGAAGCUGGUCCAGCACCCGAACGUCGUUCGGUUGUACGAGGUGAUCGACACGCAGACGAAGCUGUACCUUAUACUGGAGCUCGGCGACGGGGGCGAUCUGUACGACUACAUUAUGCGCCACGAGAAGGGCCUCUCGGAGAAUGUGGCCCGCGAGUACUUCCGGCAGAUCGUGCGCGCCAUCUCCUACUGCCACCAGCUGCACGUGGUCCACCGAGACCUAAAACCAGAGAAUGUGGUGUUCUUCGAGAAGCUGGGAGUCGUGAAGCUGACCGACUUUGGGUUUAGCAACAAGUUCUGCCCCGGUCAAAAGCUGGAAACGUCCUGCGGCAGUUUGGCGUACUCGGCACCGGAAAUUCUGCUCGGCGACUCGUACGAUGCACCGGCAGUCGAUGUAUGGUCGCUGGGUGUGAUACUGUUUAUGCUGGUGUGUGGGCACCCGCCGUUUCAGGAGGCCAACGACUCGGAGACGCUGACCAUGAUCAUGGACUGCAAGUACACGAUGCCGCCCCACGUUUCCGACGGAUGUCGCAAUCUCAUCAGCAAAAUGUUGGUGCGCGCCCCGGAGAAGCGAGCCACGCUACAUCAGAUCGCGCAGGACGAGUGGCUGAUGGAGGGCAGCAGCGGGGAAACGACCGAAAAUCUGCCGUUGGUCAGCCGUGAGCAGGUCAGCGAGGAGGAUCACUCGUUGAUCAUCCAGAAGAUGAUCAACGGCAAAAUAGCUACCAAAGAGGAAAUACUAGAGGCUUUAGAUCGUAACGAGUACAAUCACAUUACGGCGACCUAUUUCUUGCUGGCGGAGCGAAAACUGCGAUCCCACCGCCAGGAGGAAGCGCAAAAGCGGAAACCGGAGCUGACGUUACCGGUUUCCAAUUCCGCACGGAUGCAAACUUUUAAGAAAAACGACGUGGACGAGGAUGAGGACGCGCAGGGUGGACUGCUUUCAACGAGACUGGGUAUGCACCUGAGUGUGCCGCGGACACCGGGAAUCGAUACGGGACAGACGGGUCGGAGCCGGAAGUGCAGCAUCGUGCAGGAGGAAGAAGACGACGAGGAUGACGUUCACUGUGCGGGUCACGAGGAACUGUCAACGCCGCUCAACCGCAGGGGAUCGCGCUCGGAAGGACGCAUCAGCGUGACGGUGCAGGACCGGAUAGCGGAAUCGGAGCGGCUGAAGCUGGAAGCGAAAAAGUAUCAACAGCUCGAGCAGUCGAAGCUGAGCAGUGUGGCGGUGGAUGAAACGGACUCUAGCCACCACUACUCGGGUGGCCACAGUCAGCAGAUGUCACCGCUGCUCGGCGGUAUCGGUAACGUGACGCUCAUCACGAGCGAAAACAGUAGUACGAAGGAGCGGCUCGGUAUCGCGGGCGGUGGCCUGCACCGGAAACCGAUGCCGGAGCUGAAGCGAACGGUGGCGGUACCGGCCGGCGGCGGCGUCCAGGGCGCCCCGGGCGCUAGUAUAGAGCCGAAGAAGGCAUCGGUUCUGAAGCCAACGCUGGUGAAGAUCAUCAGCGACAGUAGCACCGGCAACACCAACGUACGGUCCGGUUCGUUCGAUCAGUGCAUGCGAAACCAUCUGUCCGGCGGAGGCGGAGAGCUGGUGACGACGAAGAUCAUUACGGAUAGCUCGACGAUCACGAUCCCGAUACCGACGCUUAACAUCGUGACGGCGUCAACGAUUCCGAAGUACAAGACGAUGCCCUCGCCGACGCGCUCGAACGCGAUUUUGACCGCCACGACCAACUGCCUGAACGAGAUCUUCGAGGAGGGCACGGACGUGGGCAGCUCGGACAGUACCAGCACCACACCGCGGCCCGUCAUCCGUAGCCAGUACGUGGGGGCCCGCGCACCACCGGCCCAGACGCAGUCGACCAACGGAACGACCCCGGUCGUUGGGAGCACCGGUGCUGGAGGUGGUGGUUCCGGUGGCGGUAAUGGGACUGGUCACAACGUCCACCGGCGCAGUAGGUUCAACAAAUCGCGCACCGCUUCGUGCAGCAGUUCGGACGCGUCGGACGAUGAUUCGGAGAAUCGGAAAAAGAGGGCACACAAGAUCGUGGACGGAGGCAACAUUAAGCCGUUGACGCAGCGACGCGAUUCGCACGACGAUUCGAGUGACUCGCAGGACCCGGGCAGCAAUGUGGCCGGUACCGGGGGUGGCGGCACCCGGCUCAAGAACGGUAUGAACGGUGCGAACACUGCUGCCAGCAGCGGUGGCGGCAGUGGAGGGACCGGCGGCGCCGGCAGUGGCACCAGUGGCCAACAGAGCACCGGCGGAGGAGGGGUUCAGUCGUCCGAUGGAUCAUCGUCGUCCGGCGGCGGCAGUCGACAGAAGGCGUCCCAGUCGCAGGUAGACUUUCGUCGGCACCGGGGCCGCAGGAGACCGGUGGAGACGCGGUUACGCGAAUCGCAGUCGCUGAAUCGCAUCACCGAGGUGCAAGAGUCGGAAGUGGGUCACGGUGCCGGCCAGCAGCAGCAGCUGGCCAACGGCAGUACGGGCGCGGCCACCACACCGGCGGCGGUAGUGGCUCUCGGUGCGCCACACAGCAGCGGCGACACACCGGCCAAUGGGGUUGAUGGAUCCUGUGAUAGGGUGGCGGAAGACGACCCGAAGACGAUCCGGAUUGCUAGUGAACCGAGCGGCAUCCGAGCAGCUCCAGUGGGCUCGGCGAAGGGUCCAGCCCAAGUGAAGCAACAUGCGCCAUCGAAACCGAAAGGAUUUAGUGCGAGAAUAUUCCAUACGUUCAAGAAACAACCGGCGGCCCCGGUGGCGGCGCCAGUGGCGACGACGCAGGUCAGCAACGAUCCACCGUCGACGGCAUCGGGAGACGACAUUGAGAUCGUGGUGGAGCUGGCCAAAGCCCUGAACAACGCAGCCGACGGUGGUGGAACGGGCAAAGCCGCUGGCGGCGGCAACACGAAGAAGAUCAAAAUUCUUGGCCGUUACUUUCAGGUGCAUAAGAAAAUUUACGUUCCCCUGUCCGGUCUGUUCCAGCGCGGCCGGCUCUACAAGGCCCAGUCGUGCGGUUCGAUCGUGCGCGAUCGCGUCAACGUGAACCCGAACGGGGGCGGGUCGGGCACCACCGGCCGCCAUUCGACGAUCUUUAGCGAGAAGAAUAGAAUAAUUAAAAACUGUCUCGGCAGCGGUGGUGGCGGUGGCGGUGGCGGUGGUGUUGGUGGCUCGCAGCAUCUCGGUAGCGAUGGCGACAUUAACCACAAUAAUGGCGCAAGUCACCACCAUCACCAUAGCAGCAGCUUUCUGGCCACCCUCUCCAGCUCGGAGGUCACUGGUGGUGGUGGCGAUGGUUUCGGGCGCGGUUCAUCGCCGAUCGAGCAGUUCGUCGCGAAGGGAGGUCCGUCCACGAUCGAACACACGUCCGGUGCCGCUGGCUCGGCAGCGGUCCUUGGUGGUUCACCGGCCGUGUCCACCGUCACACCAGUUCCUAUUAAAACGGCAUAG